GUGGCAGGGUGGCAGCCCGACCCGCUCCACCUUUCCCUCUCCGCAGCCCCGCUGGCCCCGCCCCCGGAGCGCCCACCUCGGGAACGCCGCGUGUUGGCCCGCGCGCCCCGUCGCGGCUCCAGUUCCGGGGCAUGCGCGCUGCGGCGCCCUCACCCCCCUCCGCCGACCCGCCGCUGCAGAGUUAUGCCAAGUAUGUGAGGAGCUGGCGAGGACCGGCCGCGGUCAUGGAGAGCCGCCGCCUCCGCCCGCGCGGGACUCGGAGCCCGCCCCGCGCCCAGGGCGAGCCGGGCUGCUGAGGCGGCGCGCAUGGCGGAGCCCCUGCGGAGGACGCUCGGCUAGCUCCGAAAGCGGCGCAGUCCCGGGGUGCUCGGGCUGCACGCGGACGCCGUGGCGGCCUCGCUCUCCGAGGGACGCUCGCCGCCCCGCGAGCUCGUGGUCCCCGGCAUGGAGCGGCCGGCGUGGGGGACCUGGGCGCACUCCGAGCAGCUAGGCACGCGGGUCCCAUGGUCUCGCGGGGCUCAGGAGGCCGCCGCUCUGGGCCGUGCGCUUGCUUGCGCUUCCCCAGGCACCGAGGGCAGUGGCGACGACGGGGAGGACGAGGGCGCCGACUACUACGAGAACCUGCCCGCGGGCUGCGCGCCCGAGGGGGCGGAGGCGCUGCGGGCCUCGCCUUCGCAAGCGGCGGGCUCCUCCCCGGGGAUGGAGGGCGGCCGCCAGGAGACGGGCAGGCUGCAGACCCAGUUGCGAGAGGCCUAUUAUCUGCUGAUCCAGGCCAUGCACGACCUGCCCCCUGACUCGGGCACGCGGCGGGGCGGACCCGCGGGAGCCCGGGCUCAGGGCCAGCAGCCGCCUCUCCCCCGCGGCGCAGCCGUGCGCCCAGCCUGCAGCCCCCGAGGCGGCGACCGCCCUCCGCAGCAGGUGUCCCCGCCCCGGUCGUCUCCGACAGAGUCUAGAGUGGGACGGCCUCCCAGUCCUCGGAUGCAGCUGUCCAGUUGCAGAAGUCUCGAGAGCCUCCGCGUGAGCCCGCAGCCGCCUCUGCUCCAGCGGUGGGCGAGCGACAGCUGGAUCAGGUGCGGCGCGCACAGGGACAGGGACGAGCCCCAGCCACGUGGAGGUGGGAUGGACGGCUGGAGCCGGGGCAGCCACAGGGCUGCUACGUCCGCCGCUCUCCUGCCUCCCUUCUGCCAGGACCCCAGCCGGUCCUCGGGACGUCCCUUUAAGGAUCCUGCGGGGACCUCUGUGAUAUCCAGCAGCCAAGAGGACCAUCCGGAGGAGCUUCCCCUCCUCAAGCCACCUGCGGUGACUGUCAAGAAACUGCAGAAGUGGAUGUAUAAAGGACGACUGUUGUCCCUGGGGAUGAAGGGUCGCGCUCAUGGGACAGCACCCAAAGUUCCCGGAGCUCAGGCAACCUCUCCAAAUUUGGGCAGUUGGAAAGUGCAUGAAAACCACGUCCUCUCGGUGACAGCGGACCAAAGAAUCACACUGACAGACUUAUUCGAGAAUGUCUGUGGGUCUCCACUGAAGAAACAAGACCCUGGAGGUGGAAGGGGUAACACUGAGCUUAGCGGUCACCAGGCCCUGAACAACAUCACCGUUUCAAAGAAACGCAAUUGGCUGUAUCAGAGCCCUCUGAGGUCUCCCAGUCUGGACAGACAUUAUUCCUCCCUCUCCCCCGUGUCUCCGCCCAGGCAUCGGCUCCCGCAGCCUUUCUGUAAACCCCACAGAGAACCCUGCACGCACGCGGUGUGUAACACUGCCGGUUCUCCGUCAUCCAGAAACGGCUCUUCAGCCUUCAGUGAGGACGACGCCGAUGACGAAGGAGAAAUAUGGUAUAACCCCAUCCCCGAGGACGACAGCCUGGGCAUAGCACACGUCUUGAGUCUAGAGGAGGCAAACGCCGCUGCCCUGAAGCUCCCUGCCGUCCGUGUGAGCAUGUUGUCUGCUAGAGACCUGGCGAAGGCAGAGACUCGUGGUGAAGACUUGCUGUGUCCUACCCAACACCGAGGUGACGCCCAGACCUCACAGUCUAAUGGAAUUAAUUCUGUCGAUUCCAUUCAUUCUACAGACAUUGUGCAGCCAUGCAGACAGAGGUUAGGACACAGGACACAGGAGAGCCUGACGGCAGAGGACAGCCCCGGGUUGAAAUCUGCUUUUACAGGUCCCGGGAUCUUAGUCUCUACAAAUAGGACUGAACUGAGAGCUCUGGAGCCACCUUCUCCAAGCCCCAGCCCCGUGAAGAAAGGCGGCUCCAUUACCUGGUCUUUACCAGACAAAAUAAAAUCUCCACGCACUGUGAGGAAACUCUCUAUGAAAAUGAAAAGGUUGCCCGAGUUCAGCCGGAAGCGGGGUGCCAGGGGAGCCUUGCACUACACCAACAGUCCAGACAGGACCCCUCCUUUGUCUAAGUGGAACUAUGGAGAAGGUCCUCAGAGUGUUCUUCUGCCUUCCGGGAACCCAGCCAGCAACGUAAUAAGCCGGUACCACCUUGAUACCACCGUGUCCUCUCAACACAGCUACCAGAAGAAACCCCUCGGGAGCUCCAGGUAUCCCUGUAAGGGUGGGUACCUCAGCGACGGAGACUCACCCGAACUUAGAACUAGAUCUAGCAAGCAUGGAUCCGAGCACAGACUUGGGAAAGGGAGAGAAGCCGUUCCAAGUGGUUGCAGCAAAAACGAAAUAGACGUCGGUGCCUUUAGACAUUACAGCUUUGCGGAUCAACCCAAGUGCUCCCAGUACAUAUCGGGACUCAUGAGCGUGCACUUUUAUGGAGCAGAGGGUUUAAAACCGCCCCGGAUAGACUCCAAAGAUGUCUUUUGUGCCAUUCAGGUUGACUCGGUAAACAAAGCCAGGACAGCUCUGCUCACCUGUCGAACGACGUUCUUGGACAUGGACCACACUUUCAACAUAGAGAUCGAAAAUGCACAGCACUUGAAACUGGUGGUGUUCAGCUGGGAGCCCACUCCCAGGAGGAACCGCGUGUGCUGUCACGGCACGGUCAUCCUGCCAGCUUUGUUCAGAGUGACAAGAACACAUCAGCUGGCUGUCAAGCUGGAGCCCAGAGGGCUUAUUUACGUCAAGGUGACCCUGAUGGAACAGUGGGAGAAUUCUCUCCACGGCCUGGAUAAGAACCGAGAAUCAGUGAUGUUCGGAGUUGACAUCCAAAAAGUUGUAGAGAAAGAAAACGCAGGCUUGAUGGUGCCGCUGCUGAUACAGAAAUGUAUCGUGGAGAUUGAAAAGAGGGGCUGUCAGGUUGUAGGCCUGUAUCGAUUGUGUGGUUCAGCAGCUGUGAAGAAAGAGCUUCGAGAGGCUUUUGAGAAGGACAGCAAAACUGUCGGUCUGUGUGAAGACCAGUACCCAGAUAUAAAUGUAAUAACAGGUGUUCUGAAGGACUACCUGAGAGAACUCCCUUCUCCCCUAAUAACGAAGCAGCUGUACCAGGCCGUGUUAGACGCCAUGGUGAAGAGUCCUUUGAAAAUGUCGUCGAAUGGCUGUGAGAACGAGUCCAGUGACUCCUGGUUUACUGUCGACCUACUGAACUGCCUGCCAGACGUCGAGAAGGCAACCCUAAAGAUGUUGUUAGAUCAUCUGAAACUGGUGGCUUCUUACCACGAAGUGAACAAGAUGACCUGCCAGAAUUUGGCCGUGUGCUUUGGACCAGUGUUGCUUAAUCAGAGGCAAGAGACGUCGACCCACAACAACAGAGUCUUCUCCGAUUCUGAAGAGCUUGCGAGUGCUUUGGACUUUAAGAAGCACAUCGAAGUUCUUCACUACUUGCUCCAACUCUGGCCAGUGCAGCGUCUAACCGUCAAGGAACCCAGAGACAGUUUGUGCCUGGAGCAGUCGUCUUCUCUGAAUUACUUGAGGCGAAAGAAAGAGCGACCGUGUGUGUUGAAUCUGAGCGGUUCAGAUUCAUCAGGGGUGCUGAGGCCACGGCAGGCCCGACUGGAUAGCCCACUCAGUAACCGCUACGCAGGGGACUGGAGCAGCUGUGGGGAGAGCUACUCUUCAAGUACAACAGAAAGUUUCAAGGAUUUGGAUUAUGAUGACGUUCCCUUAGAAGAUGGAGACGGUAGAGACUACGGCAAAAUGGAUGGAGCAGACGGCGUGACUGAGACACGAGUCCCUGUAUCAGGAGGGUGCACGUUUCAGACGUACUUGACGGUGCAGACCAUCGAGUCCACAGUGGAUCAGAGAGCUAACCUCAGAGAUCUGCAAGAGAGCAUUGACACUUUGAUUGGCAAUCUGGAACGUGAGCUCAGCAAAAACAAGCUGAAUAUGAGUGUUUGAGGCGGAGGGGUUGUUUGAUUUGUGA